AUGUCCAGCCUCUCCCAGUCUCGCUGGGCGCCAGCGUCCGCCGGAACCCAAAGACAAUCAGAUCGAAAUCCAGGUUUCCACUUAUCACCCUCCGAAGAACUCGCUCGUUUCCGUAAAAUCGCCGCCCGCCUGAGAUGGAAGCUCCCGUUCCUCGACGCCGGAUACCAACGCGCGACCGCCACCGCGGGGGAAGCCAUGGACGCAGACGAAAUCGCCCAGGCCGAGAUUAUGUUUAAGCUCGAUUUCCAUGAAUACUACGCCCUGCUCGAACGUGCGCUCGUGCAUUUACUCGCCGUCUUCGGUGUUACUGUCUCCGCAAAGAAUAACCUCCCCUGGGCGACGUCGCACCGGUACCACGCGAAUGUUCUCGACGCGCUGCAGGUCAAGUCGAGCCCCCUACAUACUGUGCUGGGAAGUGGGAAUACAUUUGAUCAGUUGAAGCGGGCGAAGGAGUUGCGGAAUCGGUGGAAGACGGCAGACCUCUCGGCUGAUGAGAGACUACGCGAUGACUUCUACUCUGCGACUAGGGUCGAAGAAGUGAAGCCGCUCCAUAGCUAUGACCUUGCUGAAAUACUGAAGGCGGUUCUGGGAGGGAUUGAGCGGGGAUAUGAGUUGGCCGAGGCUCAUGUGGCGAAGCAUGACACCUCUCGCAACGGACAUGACCGGGUCGCGGAUGAUUGGGCUUUUAUCGUCGAUGCAAUGGAUUGGGAGGCUGUAUAG